AUGGCAGCAAGACUUUCCACUUGUCUUUUGGCAGCCCUUGCGUCCAAUCACUCUGCUGUUUUCACACCAAGCUCACCUAACUACAAUAGUAGUCUGACUAUCUACAACUUGAAUAUACCAAUUUUACCUGCGGCUGUGACGUACCCAAGCUCUACUGAAGAGGUUGCAGGAGUUGUAAAAUGUGCUGCUGAAGGGAAUUAUAAGGUACAAGCGAAAGGUGGUGGCCACAGCUACGGGAACUAUGGCUGGGGAGGAGAAAGUGGAGAAGUUGUGGUCAAUCUUGCCAAUUUAAAUGGGUAUUCCUACGAUAACUCAACAGGUUAUGCCACUGUCGGUGCCGGUUCUCGACUAGGCAGUGUCACAACCUCCCUAUACAACUCGGGGGAACGUGCUGUGGCUCACGGUUCAUGCCCCGAUGUUGGUAUUGGAGGUCAUGCCACUAUUGGUGGUGUAGGCCCUACCUCUCGUCAGUGGGGAGCUACCAUCGACCAUGUGGUGUCUGCUACCAUUGUGUUGGCCGACAGUAGAAUUGUCAAAGUCUCCGAAACCGAGCACCCGGAUCUCCUUUGGGCCUUGAAAGGAGCAGGCGGGAGCUUUUUCGUUGUUACCGAGUUUGUCUUGCGCACAGAAGCUGCUCCCACUGGUGGUGUGUCAUACACAUAUUCAUUUGAGGGUCUAAAUGCCACAGCCCAGGCCCAAGUUUUCAGAGAUUUCCAAAUAUUUAUUUCCAACCCUAACUUGUCUUGGGAAUUUUAUAUCAUGAUGGUUGGGCUUCCACAAGUUAUUGAAAUCACCGGCGCCUUCUUUGGGUCUUUGGAUGACUUCAAUGCCUUGGGUCUUGAACAAGCAUUCAGUAUUGCCCCGGCCGCGAAUGUUACUGUCAUACCAAACUGGCUAGAUAUGGUGGCUAUAUGGGCUAAUGAGGCCGCAGCAGCCGAGAGACCGGCAUAUUUCUAUGCCAAGUCACUCGAUGUCAUGCCAAAUGCAUUACUGUCGAAUGAAACAAUUGACUCAAUGUUCGAGUAUCUCACUACAACGCCUGACGAUGCGUUAACUUAUCAGCUAGAAGUCCAACUCGUCUCUGGGGCCAUGGCUGCAGUCGCUAGCAAUGCUACAGCUUUCCCUCAUCGUGACGUCCUAUACUGGAUCUUCGCCUACGCCGCUACUAAUGGCACUGUCUCGAAAACCACUAUUGAUUUCCUGGAUGGCUUCAAUGAUGUUAUCUACUCUGCCUUUCCAAACGAGAAUUUUUACGCGUAUGCAGGUUACGUGGACCCCCUACUUUCGAAUGGACCCGAACUUUACUGGGCCGACAACCUUCCACGUUUGGAACAAAUCAAAACAAUUUACGAUCAUCACGAUGUUUUCCAUAAUCCUCAGAGUGUCCCCGUUGUGAGUUCUGAUAAAUGGUUGUAG